GCAAAGAAGAAGGAUGCAGAGGCAAAGAAGGAGGCAUGUGCAAAGAAGAAGGAGGCAGAGGCAAAGAAGGAGGCAGCGGCGAAGGGCGCAGAGGCAAAGAAGAAGGAGGCAGCGGCGAAAAUGAAGGACGCAGAGGCAAAGAAGAAGGAGGCAGAUGCAAAGAAGAAGGAGGCAGAGGCACAGAAGAAGGAGGCAGAUGCCAAGAAGAAGAAGAAUAAGGAGGCAGAGGCACAGAAGGAGGCAAAGAUGAAGGAGGAGGCAGAGACAAAGAAGCGGGCAAAACGGGAAGAUGAUAAGAAAGCUUCAGGUGCAAAGAAAACAAAGAAGGAGGCAAAGAAGGAACCGGAGGAUGAGUCAGAUGCUCCUUCAGCUUCGUCAGAGGAUGAUGAAGAGUCGAGCUCUGCAUCUGAGAAGUCGGACUCUGAGGAGGAAAGCAAGGAGAGUUGUGAAGAAGAAUCUGAGGAGUCACAAAGUGCAGAAAGUGAAGAAGAGGAUGAAGAAGAAGAUGAGGAACAGCUUGUUGGCUCAGACGCUGAAGAGGAUCAGGAGGAGGAAGAGAGUGAUGAAGGAGAAGAAGAUGAAAGCACAGAAGAAGGAGGAGAAGCGUCAGAGGAAGGGGGUGAUGCUGGAGAGGAUGGUGAUGAGUCAGCCUCAGAUGCACGAGAGGAGGCGUCAGACGACGAGGCAGAAGAAGAGCCAGAGGAGACAAAGGGAAAGAAGAGGAAAAGCAGUGAAGACGAGGAGGAUGAAGAUGAAAAUGAGAAGAAGAGCAAGAAGGAUAAGAGGAAGACCAAGAAAAAGACAUCUCUCAAGGAUGCGGAGGCGGAGAAGCUGAACUCAGUGACCGCCAACAAAGAAUACCAUUCUUUUGGUCGAUGGCUCAAGAACAAGAAGAAGUGUCCUGCCAGUAUCCUGGCGGCUUGCCGCAAGACGGACUCCCGACAGAAAAUUUUUGAAGACUACGUUGCAAAUGGGACUGUGCAGAACCCAGAGUUACCGGAUGAAAACGAUCUUUUGUAUUUCGUCUUGGUGGAGCUCAACAUCGAAAACAUUGCUGAGUUGAAGCGCGUCACCAAGUUGGAACUUGAGGGCCAGCUUGACCCUGACCAGUUGAAGCAGUUUGUUGAGGCUGGCGGCUGCCUCAAUGGAGACCAGCACAUUCAGGUCGGGGCCCUUGGUGGAGCGGAUGGUGGAAAGAAGCUCAUUGGUGCAAUGGCCUCUGUCACCGCUACUGGCAAGGCCAGAAAGUCCAAGGCCAAGAAAACUGGUGGUGGUGAGAGUGGAGGGAAAGAUGAAAUUGUGGAAGUCACCCCAAAGACUCCUUUGGAGAGGGCGGCUACUCUUCAGAACCAGCUACUCUCCAAAGCGAACGCAUGCCGUGACAAUGCGUUCAAGAUCAGACCGCUGGGCAUGUCGAAUGAGCUGGUGGACCAACUCUCAGCGAUGGACACCACGCUACAAGAUCUAGCUUGCCGACUGCAGGGAAAGAUCCGCAAGGGCAAGAACAAAAACAGCCACUAUGUUGAGUUGAUCAAGGAAGUUGAACAGGCCAGCGAGCUUGCGACCCAGAGGAUCGACUUAGCCAAGGCGCUGGUCAGGGCCAGCGAGAAGUCUACCAAGCCGAAGCCAAAGAAGAAGCCCAGCCCUAGCCCAGUGAAGACAGAGUGA